AGUGACGCCGUGCGCGCUGACGUCAGGCGCCGAUGUUAUAAAGCGGGGGGGCCCCCGGUGCGGAGAGUGUGUGGAGGACGGGGACAGGGGGGAGUGUCGGCCGCAGGAGGAAGUGAAGCCGAGCGGCCCCAGACCAUUCAAGAUGGCAAGCCGGACCAUGCAAGCAGCGCGAUGUCCCACUGAUGAAUUGUCGUUGACCAACUGUGCUGUUGUGAAUGAAAAGGAUUUCCAGACUGGCCAGCAUGUGCUUGUGAAAACCAGUCCGAACCACAAAUUUGUCUUCACGGUGAAAAGUCACACCACUGUGCUUCCAGGGACCAUUGCCUUCAGCUUGCCACAGAGAAAAUGGGUGGGACUCUCCAUUGGUCAGGAAGUGGAAGUGAGCUCCUAUAACUUUGACAAAACAAAGCAGUGCAUUGGGACCAUGACGAUUGAGAUUGACUUCUUACAGAAGAAGAGUGUGGAUUCAAACCCAUACGAUACUGACAGGAUGGCAGCAGAGUUCAUUCAGCAGUUCAACAACCAGGCCUUUUCAACCAGCCAGCAGCUUGUGUUUAGUUUUAAUGACAAGCUCUUCGGGUUAAUGGUGAAGGAUAUUGAAGCUAUGGACCCAAGCAUAUUGAAGGGCGAGCAGGCUUCUGGCAAGCAACAGAAGAUCGAUCUUGGCCUGGCCGUAGCCAAUUCCCAGGUUAUCUUUGAAAAGGCAAAUAGCUCAUCAUUGACUCUGAUUGGCAAAUCCAAAACCAAGCAGGGAAGACAAUCCAUCAUUAAUCCGGACUGGAACUUUGAGAAAAUGGGAAUUGGUGGUCUUGACAAGGAAUUUUCUGAUAUUUUCCGCCGUGCAUUCGCUUCAAGAGUUUUUCCAGUGGAUCUUGUGGAACAGAUGGGUUGCAAGCACGUGAAAGGUAUUCUGCUGUAUGGUCCACCAGGAUGUGGGAAGACGCUGAUGGCUCGACAGAUUGGGAAGAUGCUGAAUGCCCGCGAGCCCAAAGUUGUGAAUGGUCCUGAAAUUCUCAAUAAAUAUGUGGGUGAAUCUGAAGCAAACAUUCGUAAGCUCUUUGCAGAUGCUGAGGAAGAGCAGAGGAGGCUUGCAGCAAACAGCGGCCUGCACAUCAUCAUAUUUGAUGAAAUAGAUGCCAUUUGCAAGCAGAGAGGGACCAUGGCAGGCAGCACGGGUGUACACGACACAGUUGUCAAUCAACUGCUUUCCAAGAUAGAUGGAGUGGAACAGCUAAAUAACAUCCUUGUUAUAGGUAUGACAAACCGACCAGACUUGAUUGAUGAGGCUCUUCUACGACCUGGCCGGUUGGAAGUCAAAAUGGAGAUUGGUUUACCAGAUGAGAAAGGUCGAGUGCAAAUUUUGAAUAUUCACACAGCAAGAAUGAGAGAACACAACCUGCUGAGUACUGAUGUUAAUAUUGUCGAGCUUGCUCAAGAAACCAAGAAUUUCAGUGGCGCUGAGCUGGAGGGUCUAGUGCGAGCUGCUCAAUCAACUGCAAUGAAUCGACACAUAAAGGCUGCAAGCAAAGUAGAAGUUGACAUGGAGAAAGCGGAGAGACUGCAAGUCACAAGGGGAGAUUUCUUAAACUCUUUGGAGAAUGACAUUAAACCUGCUUUUGGCAUAAACCAGGAGGACUAUGACAGCUAUAUCAUGAAUGGGAUCUUUGUGUGGGGUGAUCCAGUCACACGGGCCCUGGAUGAUGGAGAGUUGCUCGUCCAACAAACCAAGAAUAGUGACCGCACUCCACUAGUUAGCGUUCUUUUGGAAGGGCCACCAAACAGUGGCAAGACUGCAUUGGCUGCAAAGAUUGCAGAGAAGUCUGGAUUCCCAUUCAUUAAGAUCUGCUCUCCUGAUAAGAUGAUUGGAUUCUCAGAGACAGCAAAAUGCCAGGCCAUAAAAAAGAUUUUUGAGGAUGCAUACAAGUCGCAACUGAGCUGCGUCGUGGUUGAUGACAUUGAGCGACUGCUGGAUUAUGUCCCCAUUGGCCCACGCUUCUCCAACCUAGUACUUCAAGCACUACUGGUCCUGUUGAAAAAGUCAUCUCCUCAUGGCCGCAAGUUGUUAAUCAUUGGGACCACCAGUCGUAAAGAUGUUCUCCAGGAGAUGGAGAUGAUGGAUGUUUUCAGCACCACGAUCCAUAUUCCGAACAUUAGCACAGGAGAACAGUUGAUGGAAGCUCUGGAGCUUCUUGGCAGGUUUGAUGAUCGGGAACGAGCUAGAAUCACCCAACAUGUGAAGGGGAAGCCAGUUUGGAUCGGCAUUAAAAAACUGAUGAUGAUCAUUGAAAUGUCGCUGCAGAUGGAACCUGAGCACCGUGUUAACAAGUUUCUGUCACUCCUAAAAGAAGAAGGAAGUGAUCCUCAUCGCCGGGAUCAUUGGGAAUAAAAACAGGAAAGACUAUCUGGUCAACACUGUGAAUCACAUCCAACGAAGAAGCACCAACUGAGAAGAAAGGAAUCUCCAAUCUAAGACCCUUAGCAUUUUGCAUGCUCCUUGCAAAGAAACUUCUCUUACAUGUCUUAAAUUAAAAUAUAUACAACAUAGACAUCAGCAUUCUUGGUUUUGUUGAUUUUAGUACUGGAAAUACACCAGGCAUUUUUAAAGAUAUUUUCACUUGUUGCUAUGCAGAUCAGUGUCCCUCUUCACUACAGUUCAAACCUUAGAGCUUUCAAAGUGAAUGUCAUUUUGUUAAAUUGUGCACUUAUGAACUGAUUGACACAGUAGGAAAGGUAGAAAGAUGAGCUAGUAACACUGGUUUGGAGAAUUUGUGAUACGUUGGAUUGGUUCUAUACGUGGAUGACAACAAUAUGUCGCUUUAUCGGGAUUGGGAAAAGAGGAAAAUUUCACGUUAGGGAUUUGCAUGGAAUUUUAUUCCCACAAGUAGGACUUGGCUGCAGUUGUGCAUCCUUGUCUCAGCACUUCACUUGAUUCUUAGUGUGAAUUUACUUCGGAUAACAUUUAUGUUAAAUUCUGGUCAGAAGUUUGAGUUUUCUGCAACUGAAAUUCCAGAGCUGGUAUCAGUCUUUUAUCUUUGUGUGUUCUUAAACUGCCUGGAAUAUUGAUUGGAAAUCUAAUGAACCCCCAUUUUCCCUUCCCAAAAUUCUAGUACCUUCUUGAUUUAAAUAUUGCAAACAUAAUGUCCACAGAUUGAUGGAGCCUAGUCUUCGUUAUAUAGAAUAUAAAUCAAAGUGUUAUUUUUGACAAGAUUUAAAUGUUCAAAUAUAGAUCUGUACUUUUAUUGCAUACACAAUUUUGUUGUAGUCCUGCUUGUGCGGUUGCAAUAGAUUGUGACUUCAUUCUGUUUGGGGCCAACUGUGAAAUGUUUUAUGCACCUGACCCUUCUCUGUUGCUCUGCUCUCUUCCUCAUCCUGCAGCUGUUGUGAAUUAAAUUCAGAGCAGUUCUCAAUCCCGAGAAGUGAAUCUCUCAUUUAUCAGCCACGUACAGCUCCAGGCUAGGUGGGUAAGGGAGAUCGCAACUGAUGGGACUCAAACUGUUGAAACUCUGGGAAUAAGCUGAUCAAAACUAUUAUAUUUCUGGUUCCCUGUGGAUUGUGGAGGCCAUGUGUUGGAAAGAGGGCUCAUUGCUUGAUUUAGGUAAUCAUUACAUUUAUUUUUAGGUCCUAGAAACAUUUUUGCUAACCUUUCUCAUAUAUAUAUAUAUACACACACACAAAAUGAACUCCUUUCAAAACAAAAAGAAUAAUGGAGAUCUUGAGUGCAUCCAUCUUGAUUGAGUGCAAUAAGCAAGCAUUGCUCCUAUUAAAAUGAAUUGCCUGAUCAGUCUGAUGGCACUGUAAGACUGGUGUCCAGCCAGGCUUGGUCUGUACUUCCAUCUGCAUCCAAGCACUUUGGAAUGUCGCAGUAGUAUCAGGCUGUUCAAAUGAUCAUCUACUUGUGUGGCCGUUAGUUUCAAUCACCAAUGAUGACCUGAUGCAAAUGUUGCUGUGAAGAAUAAUCAUGAUCCAGUAUUUGGUGAAUGAUGCUUCUGGAAUGCUGGAGGCUGGUGAAGUAGCUGGGUGUCUUCUCACCUUAUCCUUGCUCUAUAUCCCAUAACCAGGGCCCUGUCAUUUUGUAAUGCUGCGGAUUUUACAUUCGUUAAUUAACUUGCUCAAAUUAUAAUGUGUAACAAUGGCUGUAGUUGAGUCACCGUAAUACAUUGUGAGCAAAAUCCACUAGGAAUGAUUGGGCCAGGACACUUUUAUAGCAUUUCCCAGCAUUCUGCGUUUUUAACCAAUUGAAAUUCUUGUCCAUUUUGCAAGUUUCAGAAGCCAGCUAUGGAAAUCUUCAAACUGAAACCUAGAAUGCAGAUGUCUACUGAUAAAUGUUUUGACGUCUUGUUUGGGAAAAUGCAGCUUACCUUCUUGACUGUAUUUAUUUCUGUGCUGUUUACAAUAUGUAAGUAUUUAAGAAAAAAACAAGGAUUAUAAAAAACAAAGCUUUUCUGUGAUAGCUCUCCAUUGUUGAGGUGAAAUAUUUGUGUAAAUUAAUGGGCCUAAGAAUGGACAUCAUUUGAUGAUGGUGCCCAGAUGUCUUCAUGGAUCUAUGCUCAUCGAAUGUCCCAAGUUGUAAUGAAUUCUGUUCUACUGUGAUGUAAAUCUUUUUACAGUGAAAAUGUGCUGUUAUUCAAAGCUGUUUAAUACAUGUAGAGUUGAAUGCAGCUGUGAUGCAAUAAAGAUUCAGAUGACUGA